ACAGGACCUUUAGAGGUAUUUUGAUAGUGUUUGACCAUUUGUAAGGUAACACGAGUGACAGUUACAGGAUAGACAUAUUUGAUAUAUAUCCCCUCCUACAGAGUUUAACAGACUGUUUAUGUGUCAUCUAGAAGUGGAUCCAUUUGAAGAUAAUCAACAUGGAUCUCCAAUUAACAGAGGUACGACAGGUUCAUCACGAAACCUUGGAUUCCUACAAAGACCACCCUCCAUUCACUCCAUUAGAUCCAUGAAACAGAUAGAUUUUUCUUUGAGCGUCCCUUUAAGCCCUGAAGGAACUAUAAGUGAAGAACAUAGUUCUGAUCUUAAAGGAAAUCUAGAUCAUGACAAGGACUUUACAGAUUGCCCUUCUUUUACGGUGGGAAAGAAAGAAAGUCUGUCUGAUGAAUUUGAAGAAAAAGACAAAGAAAAAUCACCUCCCGGAGCUAUCGCAGAAAUAGAAAAUGAAACAUUCAAGGAAAAAGAAGCCGAAGAAGACCCUUUGCUACUGAGUAGUUCAGAAGAUGUUGCAGAACACGGUGGCUGUAUAGAAUGUGCACAAGCUGUCCCUGUUCUGUCAGUUGACGAAAUAGAAGAGGGAGAUCAUAUAGUUUUUGCAGGAGCGGUAUAUGAUCACCAUGGUAUCGUUGUCUCCAAAUGCAAAGACAAUAUACUUGGAAUAGUAGAAGCUACUAAUUCGAUUUCAGGUGCAACAGUAGGUAUUGUGUUUGGAGGAAAAGCAAGAAUUCAAUACUCAAAGAAAGCCUUCGACUUCAUGACCGAUAAUAUUCGUGUUGUCUUUUACAGACGUCCAAAAUUUUCUAAAGAGAAAAUCGUCGCGAAUGCCUUGGCAUUCGCAAGCAGUGAAUCUUGUGGAAGCAAGUUUAAGUAUCACUUACUGGUGAAUAAUUGUGAGCAUUUUGCAACCUUUUGUGUAACUGGUAAACGGUUCAGUAUUCAGGUCAGGAAAUUUGUUAUGAUAGCAAAACUUUUUCUUUUCCGGGGAUUUCAUGGAAUAAGUGAUGAAAACCUCCGAAAUGAAAAGGAAUACGAAAACAAGAUUAUAUGCGAAGAAUGUUAUAUGGUAAAUAAAAAACUACACAGUGCAAACGUAACCAAUGUUACGAACAAAAAUGACGUAAACAUUGGUGAUGUCAUCAGAUACUCUUACUGGAAUCUCUGGCAUGAUGCAGUCGUUCUUCGCAUUAUUCGGAGUGAGGAAAAUUAUAUUCUUUGUGAAAUCGCUCAUUAUGGUUUCCACGGCCCCUUCUCACACAGAGAAAUUAUCCGAGAAAUAUUGAAAAUAUACUUCAAUGGAAAAGUCAGUGUUGUUCAUUAUGACCCGUUAGAAUAUGACUUAUUUAGUCCUAAAGAGGUGGUUGAGCGAGCUAAGAAGCGCUUGGGGGAGAAUUGUUCGUUUUUUUCUCGAAUGACUCAAGUCAUUUUGCUCGAUGGUGUAAACUUAAACUUACCAAAGGAACAUUAGGAGAAAGUGAAGUAUAAAAUAAAUAUUUUAAUUUUCUUGGAAUGCAUUUGAUAAAUAAAAUAAAUACAAGUCACAUUUAUCUAAAAAAAAAAUAAUAAUAAUAUCCAAUUACAAAUACUGAAGAAUCUUUUAAAGUAUGUUUUCAUCUAACUCUCUUAUAUUUUUUCAACUUGAAAUAAAGGAAUCCUUCGCAACAUAAGUUUCAUAACUUGAAUGUUUCAUUUUCGAAAAUUGGAUAUCAAAUAACAACUUAUAUAUGUAUGACAAUCGAAAUGAAUCAGCCUUUCUACUGUCAAUUUUCAUGUUUUAUCCCUUUGCAACGCAGUUGGAGGGAAUAUAGCAAUGCAAACGUAUUUUCGUUUGUGCGUGAGUAUAUUCUGUGCGAAUCAAAAAUGACGUAAUUUGAAGCGAAGUCGAUGUCAAAUGUUCCCUUAUUUGUAAAUAUGUUUUUGCGAGGGGAUGCUCCGCCUUGCGGUGCCCUUGUAUAUGCUGUUAAAUUCUGCUAUCAUCGCACAUUUAUUUAUAUCUCCCACUUUAUUCUCCACUCAGGAUUUUGCAUGAGUACGAAAAAAGAGAGGCUGGCUUCUCAUUGAUAAGCUGAUGUUACUGUAAUUUUAGCAUUUAAAUCACAAACAUGUAUUUGUCAUUAAAACAAAUUGUAUUAAAAUGAUACCAUGGUAUCGAAAAAUGUUUUGUUUUGUAAAAAAAAAUAUUAUUUUGUUAACAAAUGCUGACUCCUUUACAUGCAAUCAUGUAUUCUUGUUGCGCAAUUCUGUUCACAUUAGAUUUUAUGUUCGUUUCUGCGACAGUUUAUAUAACUUACUACUUUAUAUGUUUUCAUAUGUUUUGCAUUGUAAAGAAAACAUUAUUUGUUAUAACAUUAUUUUUUUUUACUUUAUUUGUCGUUUAUU